AUGAUAUGUCUUGAGGAUUAUAUUAGCAAAGAAUUACCUUACCCUACAGAUGAGUUAAUCUUCAAGCAACUAUGGUCCUUUAGAUCGCUUAACGGUCUUCAGGACUUAGCUAGGUAUCACUUCAUAGUUCAAAAUCCCACGAAACUACCAUUACCACAAACUAGUGUUACUCACAGGAAGAUGAUAGAUGAUUGUAUUGUGUAUAUGAUAAACAAGAAGUUGUUCAACAAUGUUUUAACCUACGGCUAUAGAAUUGCCAAGAACUCUCAGCUCAAUACGACGUUACAUUGCCAAUAUACUAAUACUAAUAUAUCUGCACUGAAAAUGGGUGCUUGGCAACUUCUUCACGAAGCGAUUGGGACUCAAAACUUUGUUCAUAUGUUAGUUAAUUGUUCAAUAUUCCAUUACAACGGGAGAUACUUCAAACAGCUUGCUGGAAAUGUAAUGAAUGAACCUCACAAACCCCCAAUUUGGUAUUUUAACGAACAAAAGAAGUUUGCUGCUCAAGAUCUGAAGCCACAUGAUGUUGGAAAUAAUGGAUUUUUAUAUAGAAAUAUUGGGAUUAUUAAAUGGGAUAAAUUGCUUCCAGAAGAUGUGGGUGCAUUGUCUGAACAAAUAUUUGACGACGAACGACAUAGGGUCCCAAAAGUUACGGUGCUACUAGCCAAAAUGAUGCGCAAUGCAAGCAAAGUUCGCUAUGCGAGAAUUAUUAAUUCUAUUUGUCCAAAAAAGUCAGUUUCUGAAGCCUCUUCCAAUUUAGACCUUCAGACAACUGUGAAGUCUGUCACUCGCCUAAUUACCCUGUUCGUUGAUAAAAUUAUACCGUUGGAGUUAUUUGGAUCUAGGAAAAACAAAUCAUUGAUUCUUAAAAGAACAUCUGAACUUCUUAGACUCAAAAUAAACUGCCAAAUCCCAUUUGAAUAUUUAAUAAAGGGAUUACGAGUCACUGAUGUUUCCUGGCUAGGUCUUACUUCUAAAGGUGUACCAGUUUGUGAAUUUAAAAGGCGACGAAGACUAUUUGAACUAUUCCUUGAUUGGCUAUUUAGGAAGUUUAUUCCAAAAUUAAUUCACGGAAUUUUUUAUGCCACUGAGAUUUCAUCACAAACUGCAGUAAUUUAUUUUCGACAAGACACUUGGAAUGAGAUAUCUGCUCCAUUCUUAUCUAAGUAUUUCAGCCAGUACUUAAAGGAAAACGCUGAUUGUGAACUUCAUGAUACAUUUAAGUUUUCAAGGUAUAACCAUAGGAACUUGAGAUUGAUACCAAAAAAAUCGAAAUAUGACUUUAGAGUCCUUGCUGUACCACAUAGAGGCUUUGGGGAAGAUGAUAGGCUCGAAUAUGAAGAAUAUGUACGUACUGUUUUGAAGCCAAUAAAGAAUGUGCUUAAUUACCUGAGAGCUAGAAGGGCUACCCAUUUUCAAAAAAUGUACUCUCCAUUACAGAUUGGAAAGUUUCUUAAUCAAUUUAAGGAAACGUUGCUUAAUAAAUAUUCUCAGUUGCCUCCAUUACAUUAUUUUAAGUUUGACAUUGCUUCUUGCUACGAUUCAGUUCCUACAGGAAAGGUAUUUGAGAUCGUUGAAAAACUAAUGGGGGAUGAUACACAUUUUUACAUUAGAACAAUGCUAGUUUAUGAUACUAGGAGUCAAACUUUGCAACGUAAAAAUGUUGUAAAUGGCGACUUGAAUCUUAAGGAUAGGAGUAUUCUCAUAGACACUGCACAAACAGUUCACUUUUCGAAAGCGGACAUUAUCAAUACUUUGAUGAUGGAAAUAAAUCAAACAGCCCUUAAAUAUGAUGACCACUGUUUUUUAAGAACAGUUGGAUUGUUUCAAGGUGCUCAUCUUUCUUCAUGUCUUGUUGACAUUGUUUAUGAUGACCUACUGGAAUAUUACCGCGAAUUUAGUAAUCCUCCUGGUACAUCAUCGCUGCUGCUGAGGCUAGCAGAUGACUUUUUAAUAAUCUCGACUAGUAAGGAAUACAUCGACAAUAUAAAAACUUUGGCGCUUAACGGGUUUGACGAGUAUAAUGCUAUAAUUAAUAAGGAUAAGAUCCUCAGUUUUUGUUCAACAGAGGCAGAAAAUCAUAUAUUCAGCUAUUGUGCCAUGGCUAUCAAUAUCCUUAAAUUAGAUGUCUGCAAACCAAAAGACACUUACAAUAUGAUGCAAUCUUACAUGGGUUCAACGAAAAAGUUAUAUAAAAAAUUACGUUGGUUAUUUGAACUUCGUAUGCCAUAUGAUGUGACGAGCCCAACCUGCAAUUCCUGGGAAGCAAUAGUUCGUCAUACUGAGCAGGCAAGUAUUAACUUGGCUGAAACAUUUUCUGCGUAUUUUGCUAAGCAUAAAGUUACAGUUGCUUCCUUCUCCGAAUUUAUCGAAGGAAUCAUAUUUUCAGCGUGCAAGAACUGUAAGAAUAUGAGUGAUUCAGAUACGAGAUACAUGACCCUAAGAACAAUUAUUUUGAAAUGUUUCAAGGAUAUAAUGCUAAUUAAAAGAUCCAAGUUUGCCGAAGUUGUAGAAUUCCUGGAAAGCGAACAAAAUAACUGCCUCCAAGGUUAA